UUGUUUAUUUAAUUCUCUUUUUUAGGUGUUUUCCCUCCUCCAAUGCUAGUGGUAGAAAAACAGUCCAAAGGAUUUUGACUGCAUGCGUGGUCUCCCUCUGCAGCCUCCUUGGGGCCAUUUCCUUUGAUCUGAGCAGCAGCUGGGAAAUGUGGACAAGCACAGGCAGAGCCCUCCAGGAACUCAGCUCCUGUGAAAAGCUUUGGGCUGCUCAGCUCAUCUCCCUGCUGCAGGAGGAGAGGCACAGCACAGCACAAAAGUUCCCAGCAGCAGGCACAAGGAAUAAAUCAUUCCAUUCUCAGCUUCUGGGGAAUUUAAACUCCCUCUGCAUGGCAAGUGAAGCAGAGCUGUACUGUGAGACCUGCCAGUGCAAGGAGGAGAAAAUCUCCAUUUGCAGAUUUUACAGAACUGCCUUGAGGCACAGAUUGAAUAUCUCAGGGGUUACUGAAGCCAGGCAGGUGCUGUCCAGAGCCAUCUCUGAACUGCUCCAGCGUUUCAGAAUUCCCCACGAGGACCUCAAAGCCAUGAGACACAACCCUGACUGGGCAGACACUGUAGCUUUUAAACUCAUCCUCCAAAUCAGAGAAGCUGUGCUCAAAGCUCAGCCAGUGCCGGGACCCACGAGCCUUCAAACCACUCUGCAUCAACAUUUUGCCACUCUGAGCUACGCUCUCUUCUCCUCAGAGACUGCACAUAAGUGCUGGACAGAUAAUGUCAAUCUGUCACUUUAUCCCACCCAUUAUGAAGGAAUCUCUUUCUUUGCCCCAUUCCUGGGCUUGGGUGAGUUUUUAUCCCUGGAAGGGACAGUGAGGGGACUGCAUCAUGCACAGAGCUGUCUGCUGCAGGAGGGACAGGAGAAGCUGCACAAGAAAUCCAGGGAAAUCCUGUCUGCAACAAGCCUUAAGAUCAGCCUGUUGGUGGUGGCCUGUCUCAUUUACCCCAUUGUGCUGAUGUCCUUCAAACAAAUGACAGAUUGGAUCCACAGCUAUGCCAGGAACCUCAAGGAAAAGACAGAGGACUUGAAAAGGGAGAGGCGCCUUGCUGAGGACCUCUUGCACCAGAUGCUGCCGAAGUCUGUGGCCAAGCAGCUGAGGAAAUGCCAGAAAGUUGAGGCAGAAAACUACGAUCAGGUGACCAUCUUCUUCUCUGACAUCGUGGGGUUCACGAGCAUUGCUGCCUCCUGCACCCCCUUGCAAGUGGUUGAGAUGCUCAACAAUCUGUACGUCUGCUUUGACACCAGGAUUGACUCCUAUGACGUGUACAAGGUGGAAACCAUUGGGGAUGCCUACAUGGUAGCGAGUGGCCUGCCAGAGAGGAAUGGCACCAAGCACGCCGAUGAGAUUGCCAAAAUGUCCCUGGACCUGGUGGCAGCGGUGCGGCAGGUUGGGAUCCCCCACAUGCCAGCAGGCAGGCUGGAGCUGCGGGCUGGGAUACACACAGGGCCCUGCGUGGCUGGAGUGGUGGGGUACAAAAUGCCUCGUUACUGCCUCUUUGGGGACACUGUGAACACAGCUUCCCGCAUGGAAUCCACCAGCCUGCCACAGAAGAUCCACAUCAGUUCUGCCACAUACGAAGCCCUUCUCACAGAUGAUGCAUAUGAAAUAGAACUGAGAGGAGAAAUCGAAGUCAAGGGCAAAGGGAAAAUGAAAACCUACUGGCUUCUUGGAAACAAGAACUACAGUGUGCAAAAUGACAGCCUGGUGUGUCACUGGAACCCGGCAAUCUCCAAGAAAAAGAAGAUGGGAAGUAGCCAGGGAUCUGUCCAACAGGCUGGUGUGGGGGCAGCUCCAGCUGCACGGAGCCCUGCCUUGUCCCGGGAUGAGCUGAGCCCAGACAUUCACUCCCAAAGGAGUUCCAGACCUGAGAGUGUCACCCACGGAGAGAGCCAAAAGCAGAGGAAUGGGUUUCACCACAGCUCCCAGCACAGCCUCCGGGAGAGCCUCCCUUCUCAGGGCUCACCUGCGCUGGGAGAGGGGGACAAAGGUGCCAAUUUAGAACACAGGUCACCAGGCACUAAAACCUCAUGGAAAAAUGAGCUUCUUCCAGGUUUUGUAGAUGAGAUGUGACAGUAUAAGAAGUGACUAGACUGAACCAGGCACACACAGCUCCUCUAAAUAACAUUCUCUUUUUGCUCCUAGCCACAAUUGGUAUUUUUAGCUAGCAUGUCAACGUGGGAACCUAAAACCCCAGCAGAAAUGUAGGAAGGUGUCUCAAAACAAGGAGAAGCUACAAAAGUGCAGCUGGGGUUCCACCAGCAGCAUGACUGGGUGGUAAAAGACAAACAGCAGUGUAACUCUUUACUUCACUAAAGCCUUUCUGGAUUUGUGCCUGUGGGUGACACAGAAUGCAGCCAUCAAAUCCAGAGUGGUGAGGGUGCUUUGAGACCUGACACAUUGCAGAAAGCUGCUAAUUUCAAGCUGGCCUUUCCAGCUCCCCGGGGAACCAUAGCUUGAAAAAUGUGUGACUUUAGAUAGUAGGAGAGGGAGUAGUAAAAUCCUAAAGGAGAAGGUAAUAACUCUUUUUGAUUAUUGUUUUGGAGAUACAAAUGAAGUGAGGACAACACUGAAUUGCUUCUAGUAAGUUCUGUAGCACUUUGUCUUUCCAGCUCCUCUCCCCUGCAGUGGGACCUCCUCUCCAUACCUGUAUUUUUUCCAUUAUCAGCCUCCUGGGGGCUUGGUGGUGAGGCAAAGAUGCAGUCCAGCUCUGUGGGAAAUGUGAGAACGACAAGCUACUUCUCCCAUUGAACUGAAAUCUGCUUUUCUUCCCUUGUUGGAGGAAGAGUCUCUGCAGUGAUGAGCAGCAAAUUCCUCUUCUAUGUAUGACUCAGAGAAAUCAAAGCAAACUGAAUCACUUCCUCAUGUUGGCAGUAACUCUGUGCAGAGUUCAAGUCAUUUGCAAGAGAGCUGCACAUUUAAUUAACCCCAUCCUGCCUGCUGCCUUCUGUGGGCAAUUCCAGGAAGAGGGAACAGGAGCACAGGUGUGGGGGAUAGGGUUUGUCUCUUCUCCCAGAUGACAGAUUCAUGUAGAGCACAAGAGAGAUUUAGCAGAAUAAAGUUCUUUCUAAAGGAGGCAAGGCAUUGCUUAAUGGUUGCAAAAGGCAACACAAAUGAAGGUGUGAAUUUAAGAGGAAGUCAAGCUUGAAAAGCUGCAAUGGGUCUUGGGUUUUAAUAAUUUCUUUUUCCUGAAAUAAAGUAGCUUUAUGAGUUUCAAAGGAAGCUGGUUGGAGCAUCUCUUUGUCAUUCAAUUGACUGUUCUAAGAACAACUGGAAAAGCUUGUACAGGUUGACUCCUUGCAGAGUCAAAGCCAAGAGCUGUUUCUUUGAGCCAGGUCACAGAAAGUCACUGCAGGAGUGUGUGUGGCUUCAAGCUGAGCCUGAAGUAGGAUUGCUGAAGGUCAGCUGAGGAACUGUUUGGUUUUGGACAUAAAUCAAUAAAAUUGGAGGCUGAAGUCCUCAUGAUAAGUGUAACAUGAAUAUUUCUACAGGAGAAAAAAUGAAACACUGAACUAACUCCAGCAUUGGUGUUUUAUGAAUCAAGAUCAGGGGUUAUUCUGAAAAUAUAUUUGCCAGUUCAAGCAGGAAAUAUUUCAGACAAAUUCAGUGGUUCAGUUCAUGAAUGACUUUGCAUCAAUGGCCACAAUGGUCACUCCAGGCUUACAACUUAAUAAAUCUACCUAAUAAGGUACUUUGCUAAUCUCAAGCACAACUUCCCCUCCCACAUCCCCAAAUCUCAGAAUCUGGAGUGGUACAUGGAAUAUUUAUGUGGGUGCAAAUACAAUUUCAUUUCUGUUAAAAGGUAUUUGCAAGCACAUGAUUCAGAUUUUUCCAUUAAGGUAGCUUGGACGUUGCUCCAAUACUUUCACAUAAAAGAAAACAAACGUAAAUCACAUUUCAGCCUGCUGCAUCCUGGAAAGCCACUUCAAAAACAAACAAAAAACAAACAAAACCAAAAAAUAAUCCCUCUUUUUAAAGUCAGUCUCUUGAACCCAGGGGAAUGGUGCAUUUUUGAGGUGCCUGAUGAUGAUAUUGCUGGAGAUGUAUGGAACCUGCAGAGGUGUGCCUACACAGAUUUAAACACAAAAUCCCCUGUAGUCAAAUAUCUAUAAAUCUAGGCUGAUGUCCAGUAUUGACACUGAAAGGCUGGAAUCUUUUCAUCUGGUUCCUGUCAGCACUCAGCAAGUGGGAUCAAAUGUGGGAAAAAACCACCAACAUACACACAUACACAAAAAAACCAAAAACCACAAAAACCCACAAAACCCCAAAAACCAACCAAACAAAAAACCCCACAAAAAAACCCAAAAACUAACCAACCACAACAACAACAACAAAAAAACCAACAAACAAACCAACCAACCAAACAAAACCCCAAAAAACCAACACCAAACCCACAAAAACACACAAACAAACCAACAACCAAAAAAACCCCACAAACAAACAGGAAAAGGAGAGACAGAAAUAAAUGUGAUUGAAGAGCCACGACUUUCAGCUCAGUGAGGGAAAAUGUCUCAGGUGCACAAAUCCCUCCAGAGCCAGGCAUGAAAGGAAGCCCAUGGGGAGAGGGACAGCUGGGUCCUGUGGGCAGCUCAGAGACACAGGCUGCCUCUAAUUGUUAUGAAAAUCCAGGGUCAAGAUCAGAAGCAAAUUAUUUGCAUGGAAAAUGAAGCCUGUUCUGAUCUUCUCUUCAUCUCUUCAGAGGCUUCAGUGUGGAUUUUUAAAUUAGAAAAAAAUGUGUGUACUUGAUAGAUGGCAAUUAGUGUUUAUAAACAAAAAAUGCACUGCUUCAACUCUGAGCAGUCCCUUUCCCUUCCUCAGGGGAGAAGGAAGUGAUGUGUUCCUUGCUGUGCAUGUGGCUGAUGCUUGGUUCCCAGAGAUUUUUGUGGUUUUUAUGUCUAGUAUGUAGCAAGGUUUGGCCUGGAUGAAGGUUAAGGCUGCACCUGGCUUAACUCUAGGACUGAUUUUGGCACCAUGAAACAUUUUCUGGACUGAAAUCCUUGCUGUGGAUGAGGCUAACUCAGAGUCUCAAGUUUAUUCUGGGGGAUUUCAAGCUAGCCCAAGGCACAGAGAUACCUUCAACUAGAGAAAUCCUGCAGGGGUGGAAGUGUCCAGAUCCAAGCAAGGACAGAUUCUCCGCUUCAUUUCCAUAAAGACCAGACGGGAUAUUUGAGCCAUCCUGCAUCAGCCGCGCUGCUGAGACACGAGGGAUGCAAAGGCUGGGACAGGAACUGCCGGGCUCGGCUGGCCAGAUGUGCGCACAUCUGUCAGCCACAGCUGGAGCAGCUGGAGCCUCCCGGCAGCGAACGGCGUUUCCCAAAGCCCCCGCCAGGGAGCGCUGCGGGCCCGGGCACGGCAGCGCUGCCGGGAAAGGGAAAGAGGGAA